AUGUCGAAGGACGAGGAAUGCACGAUCCCAGGCGUGAUAUAUGACGCGAAAACUGGCAAGAGUUAUAUGAAGGGCCGUUUCUUCGGCAAGGGUGGUUUUGCAAAAUGUUACGAGAUCACCGAAUCAAAGACGCAUCAAGUAUUUGCUGGGAAAAUUGUGCCAAAGUCGUUGAUGACGAAAAGCAAUCAAAGAGAGAAAAUGUUGCAAGAGAUUACAAUUCAUCAGACCCUAAAUCACAGACACAUUGUCGGUUUUCAUGGCUCUUUUGAUGACUCCCACAAUAUUUACAUUAUCCUGGAACUUUGUCGCAAGAGGUCAAUGAUGGAGUUGCACAAGCGCAGGAAAGCACUGUCGGAAUGCGAAACUCGAUACUUUAUGAAGCAAAUCUUGGACGGAGUCUUUUACCUGCACCAGCACAAAAUAAUCCAUCGCGACUUAAAGCUGGGCAAUCUGUUUUUGAACGAUGAGUUGCAAGUCAAGAUUGGUGAUUUUGGAUUGGCAACUAGACUGGAGCACGAGGGCGAACGAAAAAAGACUGUCUGUGGUACUCCGAAUUACAUAGCGCCGGAAGUACUGACCAAGAUUGGGCAUUCGUUCGAGGCCGAUGUAUGGAGCAUCGGAUGCAUAAUGUAUACUCUGCUCGUGGGCAAACCGCCCUUUGAAACCGCGAGCUUGAGGGAGACGUACGCCCGAAUCAAGCAGGUGCAGUACAAGACGCCGACACACAUCGGCAAACCCGCUAUGAACAUGGUGUCAAACAUGCUACAGCUAAAUCCGUCGAAACGUCCCUCCGUCCCCAGGCUGAUGAAAGAUGUCUUCUUCACUUCCGGUUACAUGCCGACGAGCUUGCCGCUCUCCUGCCUGACGAUGCCACCGCGCUUGGACAUGCUAGAAUCGCAUUGCAAUCGCAAGCCGCUGGGUGAGAUGAACCUCAACGGAUUCUCGGAGCAAGACAUUAUCGCCUGCCGAGUGCCAAACAGUCCGCGUAAGGUAAAACCCGCCGCGGAGAUCACUGAUACACAGAGAGCCUCCUUUGAUAUCAAGAUGAUGCUGUGCACUCUGAAGGAGCAACUGGCUGCGGUGCUAAAGACCAAGCCCGCUCGAGAGACAGCCUCAUUAGCAGACGAGAUGACUGAUCCUGCUGCGCAGCCUGUGGUCUGGAUCAGCAAGUGGGUGGAUUAUUCGGACAAGUAUGGCUUCGGGUACCAGUUGUCCGAUGACGGCGUCGGCGUCAUGUACAAUGACGGCACGCGCUUGAUUAUGUUGGCGAAUGGCUUCAACAUACACUACAUCAAUCGUGAGGGCGACGAGUUGUACUACACGGUGAAGGAGUACCCGUCCAAUCUCGAGAAAAAGAUGAAGCUGAUGAAUUUCUUCCUCAAGUACAUGAACGAGCACCUCAUGAAAGCAGGCGGCUCGAUCGCGGUGAAACAGAGCGAUUCUCUCUCUAGAAUACCUUACAUACACCAGUGGUUCAGGACUCAGACAGCAGUGGUGAUGCAGCUGACCAACGGUACAGUGCAAAUUAAUUUCUUGGAUCACACAAAGAUCAUCAUAUGCCCGCUGAUGGCGGCGGUCACCUACAUUGACCACGACAAAAACUUCAAGACCUACAGAUUCCAGACUAUACAGGAGAGUGGCUGCUGUAAGGGAUUGGCAAAGAAUUUGGCAUAUGCGUAUGAGAAGAUUGGGCUGAUGCUGUCGAAUCCUCAAGCUCGGUAAAAUCAUCCUUGCUGGGGGAAGAAAAUGACAAGAAAAGAAGAAGGACCAUCCCGGGUGUCGCGCCUCUUCGGACACCAUAAACUAUAUAUAGAGACGAUAUUUAUUUGUUGAUAGCGCUGUCUUUCGCAGUAAGAGAGAGAUAGAGAAACGGGCGAGCGUACUGGGGAUUUUGCGGUUAGCGCGACGUUCCCUCUUCCCUCGUUCGACUUUUUUUUACAGACUUAUAGAAUUUUGCUAGCCGACCUUUAUCCUUUCUUUCCAUUUCUUUUUGUCUUUUUUUUCUUUUUUUUACAACUUGGUACGAGAGAAAAGGGUCGAUCGCGCGACGAAGGCGAGAUGCUCUGCGAGAGAGAGAGAGAGAGAUGUUCCAUCAUUGUUAGUUGUGCCGUCUACCACUUGGAAUUAAUCGAGACUCGUCUACCUUUUGUCCGUCUUCGAAAAUGAACGAAGAAACUGCAGUUAACUUGAGAACGUAACAUAAGAUCUCAAAGAGAAAAGAGUUUGUUAUAUUCUGGCCUACUUCCUUAGUUACUUUGAAAUUUUGCCAAUCACUCACGACCCCGCGAGAAAUCCCUCAUCUUCGUUGAUCCGCAACGAUCGCUGAAAAAGUGUCUUGCUCUGACUUUGCGAGUGAAUCAUGCUCGUGAUCCCGCGAUUCCAAAUGUCUCCUUCACCGCGCGGCAAAGACGGGAAAGGCCUGGUGGUGAUUGGGAUAAUCAUGAUUCGACGGAGUAGUGCAAUCUAACGUCCGAUUUCGUUGUCCUAGCCGAGAGAUGAGAGACACGCUGUAAAGCUAGUCCAACUAGCGAGAGAGAUGGCUGACGCAACGUUCAAUUGUCGCUUCCAAAGUGUCGCCACAGCUUCUUCUCGCUCGAAUCCUUUCGUAGCAAUGCGACUCUGAGAUACGAACGCGAGUCAUUGUUCUCAUUAUUGAUUUCUCGAUUAAAAGAAGGAAGAAAUUAAAGCAAAGUAAUGAAAAGGAAAACAAGAAGAAAGAGAAAAAUGAACGUUCCAAGUGACGUGUCCUGGAGUCGCAGUGUGACGACUGCGCUUCAAGUUAAAGCUCGUUUUAGUUGUGACGUAUCAAUGACUGAAAUGUAUAUUAACUAUCUAAAAGAAAAAAAAGGAAAGAAAGAAAGAAAGAAGGAAGGAAAAAACCGUACAGACACAGAAAUCAAUGACGAUUGAGAAUAAAUUAUAUGCUGUAAUAAUGCUAGUUUCCCCUGUUUGACCGUUUCAUUUUCAUGAGCGCUUUUCACGGAUUUGCCGAAAUUAUUCUUAUCUCGUGCAGAUUCCUUUCUAUCGUUAAAUAUACGAAAUACCGAAAUUAUCUAGUCAGAGACGUUACGUGUUGCUGUCUCUGACGCGACGUCACGUAGGGACAACUUAAAUUCGAGAUGUUCCAAAAACUGUUUGGAGAUUUCGUUUUAGCAAUUUAAUAAAUAAUACAUCUUAUUCUCAAUAUGUCAUAACAUUGAUACGACCAAAGUAGAAAUUUAUUGAAAUCGAAUCUGUCCGAACGACGAAUGUGUUUGACGAGUAGUGACAAUUUCUAAAAACUAGAUCGAAAUGAUACAAAAAGUAAAAUGGUAAUGGCAUUGCUUGAAAUGUAAACUCGAGCGAAAAGAUCCGUCAGUGAACGCGCACAAGUACAGAGUCAAUUAUCGCUCAAUUUUUAUCGAAUUGUCCCGUCCGCGAGGACGGGUUUGCCUAAGUAGAGAAAAAGAGACAGUUGUACGAAGACUAAUUUUUUAAACGAAACGAAAUGACCAGUGUUAACGGAAUUGAUGCACGUGGCACGUGCCGCCAGUACUAUAUGAUUCUCGUAACGCUAGAUUGUUACAGAGUCAAGUCGACCUUUCUUUUGUAAUAAGAUUAUUGUGUAGAAUCGGGGAUCAUUACGGAGUUUUCGCGUUUUCGCGCGAUGCAGUUCCCGGAAGAUCUAUUCAAAUGUUUGUACGCUGGAAACUGUUAAAAGCUGUCAGCGUCGCGUCGAGAAAGCGUCGAAACUUUCGUAAGGAUCCGUAAAGGUCAAUUUUCGAUUAUGAAGAAACUGCACGGAAGUGAGUGUAGUUUGUUUCGCGUACAGUAAAAAUAGAUUCCUUACAAUGAAGCGAAGCAGAGAUAAUCGAUGAUUAAUUAGGGGGAUUUAGGAAAAAAAUUCAAAAGAACCAAUAUUAGCUUAGUGAAUGACGUUACGUUAAGUUAGAUACACACAUACACAUACAUGUGCCUAAGCGAGAAACAAUUGUAAUAUGCUAACAAAUUAAGAUGAGUAGAUGUACAUAAAAGGAUAGGUAACCGAUAGGAGUAUGCGAUGGAAAAUGCGAUAAGCGAAUAGAAUGAUACGCUUAAGGCGAAGUAUCGUCGCGUGUUUAGACGAGAGAAUCAUUAGGAUAAUAUUUUUACAAUGUGUCGAUGUACAACACUGUUUUGAGGAGAUUAAAAUAUAAAAUAAACUGUUUUUCGUACUUUAAA